CAAAGAGACCUCAAACCAUGACUGGCCGAAAGUAUCUCAAGGAUGCAAACUCCAAAUUCCGAAAGCCACUGGCAAAGCAGCGGAACCCUGGCAUUGCCAAGAAGGCGGAAAUGAUUCGACGUACGAAAAUCAAAAAAGAGUAUUACAAGCUAUUGAAAACGGAAGGACUGGGUCAAAAUGAAUCGCAAUUGGAGGAGAAGGCGGAUAUAUUUUCAAGUCAAACUGAAGAACGAACCCAUGAUGCACUGGAGGGAUAUUCGUCGGAUCAGAAAGAAAAACUCUACGAAUCCGCAAAUGACACAUCAGAAAGUGACUCUGAAAAAAUUGAUAAAGCAGACGUCCCCAAGUCAUUGGGAAAGACAAGGCAGAGUCAAAAGAGGGAAAAGAAGAGUAAACGACCUGCAAAGCCAAAUCCAUUUGGCAAGCUCAUUGUGGAAGCAGAGCGCAAAAAGGCGGAACGACAAGCAGCAAUAGAAGAAUCCAAGCGGCUGAAAGAAGAACAGAAUCAGAAACGGAAAGAGUAUUAUGCAAAGCGAAACGACGUCCGGGAUAAACUGCAACGAAAGACGAGGAAGGGACAGCCCGUCAUGGCAAAUCAGGUGUUGCACCUAUUGGAAAAGAUUCAGGGGAUGAAAUGAUGACCCGUACCUGCUUCUCUUAUCGCCAUGUACAUAGCAUGCUCAUCUGGACCCAUAUCACCUUGUAUAUAGUAUAGUAUCGUUAUUUGGCAUUAAUCUUAGGACACCUGUGGUCACCUUAUUGCUCUUUA